AGUAUCUAACACAGGAUAUCCUAGCAAGAUCUUUCAAGAGAAAUGUGACUCAUGGUCUUUCGUAUCAGUGGAUGCAAGUUCCUGUUUUGCAGAAAAUGUGCUCCUACACUUUCAGGGUAUGCUCUUUCAGUUAUUCUUCACUCCGAACCUAAAAAUAUUUUCUGCUUAUGUAUUUUAUUCCCUUUUGAAAAUAAGUAUGUAAUUUAUUGUAAAAACAUGUAAAGCAUGGUCCUGAUGUUUUAUUAUAGGGUCUUGUUUGGAACGAUAGUUCCUGACCAACUUUACAAUAAGGUAACAUAACUUUUUUUGUUCCUCUUGUCUUGUAGUUGUUGGAUGGUGGUCUCAUGUUUCUGCUCCUUAGUUUGACUAGGAUUUCUGCACAGAGAGAAAUGUCCUUAAACCCCACUACAAUAGGUCAUUACACAGGUAUAGCAUCUUCUUCACAUUUCACACAUUUUAUGUCCUAUUAUUACAAAGCAGAGUGAAUAUAUUGAACCUAGAACAAUAGACCUCUUUUAGUCUGGUAAUGUAUGUUAAUAUUUUAGCAGAGUCCCCAUGUAAACUAUUUGAGGAGGAUGAAACUACUGUGACAGAGGGGGAGGCCCUUAGUUUGCCAGCCUACCAUAACCUGAGUGAGUUGGAUUGGGCCAACGUGACUGAGUUUACCUGGUACAGAAACAGAACCCAGGAGCUCCCGUCCUCUGAGGAAGGGCGUGUGCAUCAUCAUGGGCCGGUGCUCUUCUUCCUCCCCCUUUUAAUCAACGACUCUGAUCAGUACUACACCUACUGGUAAUACAACAACAGUGUGUUGAUGUGUGUGUGUUUAGGGGUUAAAUUGGUAAUUCGGAGGUGGGGGAGCCCUAUUUGGGGGGCUUAGGGUUAGGUUGAGGGUUGAGUCUAGGGUUAGUGUUGAACCUGGAUGUGUACAUGAAGCUAGGGCUAGGGUAGGCAUGCACAUUUACAAAGAAAAAACCCUAAAUGUCCCUUGUCUUGCACGAACGUUGAAUAAUAUUAUACAGUGCAUUCGGAAAGUAUUCAGACCCCUUGACUUUUUCCACAUUUUGAUAUGUUACAGCCUUAUUCUAAAAUUGAUUAAAUAAAAUACAAAUCCUCAUCAAUCUGCACACAAUACCCCAUAAUGACAAAGCGGAAACAAAUUCUUGCAAAUGUAAAAAUAAAAAUGGAUACCUUAUUUACAUAAGUAUUCAGACCCUUUGCUAUGAGACUCGGAAUUGAGCUCAGGUGCAUCCUGUUUCCAUUUGAUCAUACUUGAUGUUUCUACAACUGGAUUGGAGUCCACCUGUGGUAAAUUAAAUUGAUUGGACAUGAUUUGGAAAGGCACACAUCUGUCUAUAUAAGGUCCCACAGUUGACAGUGCAUGUCAGAGCAAAAUCCAAGCCAUGAGGUUGAAGGAAUUGUCCGUAGAGCUCCGAGACAGGAUUGUGUCGAGGCACAGGUCUGGGGAAGGGUACCAAAACAUUUGUGCAGCAUUGAAGGUCCCCAAGAACACAGUGGCCUCCAUCAUUCUUAAAUGGAAGAAGUUUGGAACCACCAAGACUCUUCCUAGAGCUGGCUGCCCGGCCAAACUGAGCAAUCAGGGGAGAAGGGCCUUGGUCAGGGAGGUGACCAAGAACCUGAUGGUGUCUCUGAAUGAGCUCCAAAGUUCCUCUGUGGAGAUGGGAGAACCUUCCAGAAGGACAACCAUCUCUGCAGCACUCUACCAAUCAGGCCUUUAUGGUAGAGUGGACAUACGGAAGCCACUCGUCAGUAAAAGGCACAUGACAGCCCGCUUGGAGUUUGCCAAAAGGCACCUAAAGGACUCAGACCAUGAGAAACAAGAUUCUCUGGUCUGAUGAAACCAAGAUUGAACUCUUUGGCCUGAAUGCCAAGCGUCACGUCUGGAGGAAACCUGGCACCAUCUCUACGGUGAAGUGUGGUGGAGGCAGCAUCAUGCAAUGGGGAUGUUUUUCAGCGGCAGGGACUUGGAGACUAGUCAGGAUAGAAGGAAAGAUGAAUGGAGCAAAGUACAGAGAGAUCCUUGAUGAAAACCUGCUCCAGAGCGCUCAGGACCUCAGACUGGGGCGAAGGUUCACUUUCCAACACGACAAAGACCCUAAGCACACAGCCAAGAUAAUGCAGAAGUGGCUUCGGGACAAGUCUCUGAAUGUCCUUGAGUGGCCCAGCUAGAGCCCGGACUUGAACCCGAUCGAACAUCUCUGGAGAGACCUGAAAAUAGCUGUGCAUCGACGCUCUCCAUCCAACCUGACAGAGCUUGAGAGGAUCUGCUGAGAAGAAUGGGAGAAACUCCCCAAAUACAGGUGUGCCAAGCUUGUAGCGUCAUACCCAAGUAGACUCGAGGCUGUAAUCGCUGCCAAAGGUGCUUCAACAAAGUACUGAGUAAAGGGUCUGAAUACUUAAGUAAAUGUAAUAUUUCUGUUUUUUAUUUUUUAUUCAUUUGCUAACAUUUCAAAAAACCUGUCAUUAUGGGGUAUUGUGUGUAGACUGAUGAGGAAAAACAACAAUUUAAUCCAUUUUAGAAUAAGGCUGUAACGUAACAAAAUGCGGAAAAAGGGAAGGGGUCUGAAUACUUUCCGAAUGCACUGUAUUUGAACUUACUCUGCCGAUUGAAAUUUGAGACAAAAUAUCCACAAAAAACUUUUAUAACCGACUUCAAAACGCGGGACUCGUGUGUGGCAAUAAAGAUGUGUUUGCUCCUGACCUAAGGCCAAGCACAAGAUGGAAGGACAUGCACGCCGAUAUAUGCAUACUGACCAAAAUAUUGCAGGUGUUUACAUGGUUUUGAGCAUGUGCCAGAUGAUAGAAAUAUCAACGGCAGUACCGGCACUCUAAAAAGUCAGGUAAAUAAUACUUUCCUGUGGAUAUUCUGUCUCAAAAUUCGACCCACUGAAGGACCAACUACACAGACAACUGGUAUGGUAAAAUGUAAUACAAAUGUAUUAAACAUUCUGGCUUGUAAGGAAACUUUCUACGUUUUUACACUGCUUAGUUUCAGGCUAUAUAGACUCUUUGAAAAAACAUUUGUUAUCUAUAGCCUAAAAGCGUUAUUCGGCUGGCCCCCAGUUAGAACCCUGUUGGUUCCAGGUAGAACCGUUUUGGAUAACUGGUACUCUGUAUAUAUUCAUAUGUUCCAGGAGAAAGGCAGCAGACACCUGCCUCAUAUUUGUGACAGAGGUGAUUGUGGUCAAAGCCCAACCAUUCGAUCACUCAGUCCUGUUCAGUGAUAUCUCAGAGUCAGCAGACAACAUCGCUAUCCCAUGUCCUGACCCCGUGGAACAACUGUGCCAGGAUGGAAAAGAAAACUUAGCCUGGUAUAAGGUACUGAACAUGACCAGAAUGCUAACACAAACCUCAAUCCUGCAAAACUAUUUACCAUUGGUUCUCAACUCCUGUCCUAAAGCUCAUAAGUGUUGCACUGGUUUUGUUCUAGCCCAGCACUAACACCCAACUCAUCAUCAAGCUCUUGAUUAGUGGAAUCAGGUGUCUUACUGCUAGUUCAGCAAAAAAGUUUGUCAAAUUGUUUGUCUUUCAUUUCAGAAUUUCAAUCUCAUUCCAAAUGAGUCUGAGAGUAAUCUGUGGGUGUAUGGCGCCUCAAAAGCAGACGAGGGCAUCUAUACGUGUGUGUGCACGUGGGAUCACAACGGGAGGGUUCUCAACACUUCUGCAUCCAGGAGACUAAAGAUCCAAGGUAACUAGGUCGUGGCUUGAUGACAGCAUUGUCAAUCCACUCAUUAUUUUAUUUAUUUGAUUUUAGCUUUACUGAAACCUCAUCCAAGAUGGCAGCAGGGUCAGCAUACAUAGAAACUCUAGGCUACAUUACAGUAGGUUAUUAGGCUACACAAACAAUCAGGAUCAAAAGCAACAUCAAAAGCAACCCUCAUAUCACGUGUGGUCUUUGAGGCAGCAACAAUCAUGAAAAACAUCAAUGACUACAUUUUGAAUGUAUCCAAAAGUAUCUUUCUGACUAAACUGUGUGUUUGUCUCCUUCAGCUCCCUCUGCCUCGCAUCCUCCUCAGAUCAACCUGCCUAGAGACGGAAGCACAGAGACCACUGACCUGUGUAGGGAUCACACCUGGCUCAAAUACUUUCAAAUACUUGUGUUGUGCUUGAUUUGGUUUGCCCGGUAUAUCUCUCUGUCUUCAUUGUAUCUCUUGUUCUUCAUAGACACCACUAAGAAGUUGAGGUGUGAAGCAUUUUGUGGGCAGAACAUUAAAGACAACUGUCAUGUGUGGUGGGAGAUGAACGGAGUGAAAGUGGGUUCGCAGCAGCAAGGCUACUCAGUGAACUCCACCAGGUAGGUACACACAUGCACGCACGCACGCACACACAUGGAUGCACGCAUACACACAAGCAUACACACACUUGUUUUUGAGAACAUGGUAACAGAAUUUACACAGACCCCAGAUUCACCAUUGAGAAUUCACUGUGUGAAUAUUUUGUGUGUAUGUGUUACUGUAGCGAGGUGGAGGUAUCUUCAAUGCGGAGUAUCUUCACGGCUAUCCUGACCAUAGACACAGUGACUAUCAAGGACCUCCAGUCAGAGUUCAAGUGUGUUGCCAUGAACGACCAGAAAUGGAUUCAUGCAGUGGUGACUCUCAAACCAAGAUGUUAGUGCACACACACUUACACAAACAUCACUCAGACACACAUCCACAUGUCACACAAACAAAAUCACACAUAUACACUCUGUAACUUUCUUGGUGUUGUGUCCUCCAUGUCUUCCCCCAACAGCGUUUAUAUUUAUGGGUCUAUGUGUGGCAUUGCUGCUCUUCUUCAUGCUAGCUGCUGUAGCCGUCAAAGUGUUUGACAUCGAUCUGGCUCUCCUCUUCCGUGGAGUUUUCAAAUGCUAUGAUCGAUCUGAGGGUAAGAACAUCUAGCCAUAGACUAAAGUUUACUGAUGCUAUUUCACUAAGAUAUUUCAUUGUACAGAAAUGCUUAUUCAGCCUACAUUAUCUGUAUAGUAUUGGGUACCAUAUAAACAUAUUACUACAUUUAGUUUUUAGUCACCACACAGGAGCACUCUAACCUUGUACUGUACAGUAAAUGUCUCAAUCGGCCCACUGAUUGUGCAGUGCAGUUGUUUGCAGUAGGCCUUUCGCAACAGGUCCCGCCUUGGGUCAAUCCCACUACUAGUGUAGAAGUAAUGGGCCAUUUUAUACUAAAAUAACUCAAUUUCAGUUCAAAUGGAAUUCAAUCAAAUCUCUCAAAUCUACUCCUUUCAUGCUGAGGUUUGACAGAAACCUCCUCUUUGUCUGUGUUUUCAGAUGGGAAGGUCUAUGAUGCUUACAUUGUCUACCAAAUGGAUGGCAUAGACAAAGACAUGGAGGAGAAAGUGUUUCACUUCGUGAGCAGCGUUCUGCCGACUGUCCUGGAGCAGAAGUGUGGCUUUAGACUCUUCAUCCACGGCAGAGACGACCUACCUGGAGAAGGUUGGUUCUUUCAGACUGUGUCCUGCCCUCUAAGAAGCAAAUGUAACAGUAAUAAACAGUACCAAAGUCGAAAGUUAACUUCUCCUGCUCCUCUCUGUUCUGUUGUCCCCAGACCGCAUGGAGUUGGUGGAGGCCUGCAUGCGGCUGAGCAGGAGGCUGAUUGUCAUCCUGACCCCCAGCUCAAGGUCAGGCUCAGGAGGUCAAGGGUCAUGGGGCCAGUGGGGCUACUCGUCAUCGUUGACCUCAGCGGAGGACUAUGACUGUCAGGUGGGGCUCCACCAGGCUCUGGUCCACAGUGAGAUGAGCGUCAUACUCAUCCAGCUGGGAGACAUGGGUGAGGGGGGCUACACACACCUGCCCCCCGGCCUGCAGCACCUGGUCCGCAAGAGUGCCCCCUUAAUGUGGCAGGAGGGAAAGCGUGGGUCGACGCUGCCCAACUCAAGCUUCUGGAAGAGGGUGCGUUACAUGAUGCCUUGGCCGCGCCACUCGACUAGUUUUGACAACCGGUUAAUAUGACUCUUCUAUGUGAACGAUCAGAAGGUCUGAGGACUUGAAGUGCAGUUGGAGGUCUGGGAUUCUGUUAUAGAAGAGAACACCCCAGGUUGUCUCUGAAAAUCCUUAUUCCAGUCAUAGAAAUAGAAUGAAUGAUUCCAGUGCUGUGCAGAGAUAUACACAGGUUAGCUGAGAACGUCACAAAAACGAUGUGUACGCUUCAAUGUGGCAGAAGGCCGUGUGUUGUUUUGAUUCUGGAUGGCUAGCAACAAUGAAAAGAAACUGCCAUGUGGGGAAUCG